CCAGCACUGCACCAGAUCUACUCUACUCUACUACUAUACAUUAAUACCUCUCUCAUCAACAUGCCUCCCCUCAAUCCCACCACCACCACCACCACCACCACAACAACCUCCUCCUCCUUCACCCUCAACAACACCCUCCCCUCCAUCCCCCAGCCCGAUAAGCACCUGACCCCGACCCCGACCCCGAAGAGGAAUCGGCCUCUCCUCCGCCGCAAAUCCACCAUCCACCACCUCCGCCACUGGCUCUCGCAACACCUGCCCACCAACCCAUCCCCAAGUUCCCCAGGUUCCCCAUCCAGACUCCUCUCCCGCUCCAAAUCCCUCCGAAAACCAACCUACCAUCGCUCCUCACCACCUCCCACACCACCCCCUCACCCCCGAGAGCCGCAACAACAACAACAGCACUGCAACCCCGACUCCAAAUCCGAAACCGACGCCGAUACCUUCUCCACAACCAUCUCCACCAGUAGCUCCAGAAGCUCCUCCCCGACCCCAUCCACCGAGAAUCUGGGCGUAGAGUACGAGGCGUACUGUCGGGCGUUUUCGUCCGGGUUGACGGCCGAGAGUUACGCCUACGCCGACGCCGAUCCGCACCAUCAUCCACUGGCCACACUGGCCAGUGACUAUCGAAGGAAUCAGCAUUACCCUCAUGCAGAAGCACCUGCAGCAGCAGCAGCAGCAGCAGCAGCAGCAGCAACAACAACGCAGCCCACCCGCGCAACCACAACCACAACCACAACCACCCCAAGAACCAGACCCAGCAGAAGAAAAAGACCAUGGCGAAUCGACGAGAUCCGUCGACCGGAGGAUGUGCGGAUGUUGUCGGGGGGGUAUCAGCACCAUCAUCAUCAUUAUCAUCAUCAACACGAGCGGGAUCAUCACCCGCCGGAUCGCCACGAUCGACCGGACUCCAGGGAUAGCGAUGCGGAGCCCGCCCUCGGGCUCAUAGAUCCUGCACGCGAUACCACUGCUCCCACCACGGCCACGGCCACGGCCACGAUCACCACUGCCAAUGCCGCCAACAUAACCCCGAAGACCCAGAAGCACAUCCCUCUCAAUAAUCCCGAUGAAAGCAAAGAUAUAGAACAGUCCUACAACACCACCACGAAAAAAAGCGACCAGGCACCCGAGCCCAACCCCGAAACCACAACCACCGACACCACAACACCAACCCCAGUGGAAGAGCAAGCACCCCUCUUCCCCCCUCCACCAACCACACCAACCACCCAGACUCAAACCCAAGAGAUCCUGCACUGGCUACGCCACCGCUCCUCCCGCGACUCCAUCGACCGACAAGCGUUCGAGCAGCAUCGGUACCUCCACGAAGGCGACCCUACAGACACCGACACCGACGCGGACGCAGACACCGAUGCAGACACCGGUGCAGACACCAACGCCAACACCAACACAGACCGACAGACACAUGCAGCCGCUGCCCACGGGCACCGCCAUCCUCCUCGCCUCUCCCCGCCGCUCCGCGUCCUCACCCCGGCUCGAUAUGAACAGCGCCGCAAACACGCCACGCCACAACCACUCCGAAAACCCUGGUGGGGGACGGUGCAGAGCUAUUGGGCGCGAAUGCGGCCACGCAGCGAGGUGGCCAGGCGGGAGGCGAGGAGGGAAAAGCAGGAGGCCGAUUUGUAGGAGCCAGAAAACACCUACGGUGCGAUUUAGGCCUUACACCCUCCCUGGCGUUGUGUCACCCGCACGGCAAACAGGAAAAAACAACCAAAAAGUUCAACCCAGUCGGGAUUGAAAUCGCCGGGUGUGGAUGGUUUUUUGCCCUUCUGCUUUUUCCUGUGCAACCACAGUUACACGUCCAAUGGGAUCCCCGGGAGAGGGGCUUUGUAGAACACGAAGAGUCACAAAAAAGAAAGCGGAGAACAGGGGUAUCCUGAGUAUUCUAUUACAU